GGCACAGGCGCGCGCGGUCGCAGCUCGAGCCCUUUUACUGACACGUCGCUCCGUCGAAUCACAUCAAAGGGAACCGCCUUGAAACCGCAGCCCAGCUAAUUGUGGCGCGCGGGAGGCGGCCUGUAUGCUAAUGUGUUGGCAGGGGAGACGCAGCGGUUCAUUCAUCUUCUUCCAGAGAGAGAGGUGAGUUAACGCGAAGGUUAUUGUACAUGAGGGAGGAACUGCUCGGGACCCAAACACUGCCGCGGCAAUAGCUGAAAGUCAAAGAAGAGGCUUUUGGUUUAGGAGCUUAUUCUUCCUGCACACAUUACAGGAGAGGUGAAGCAUCAUGGGGAAACACAACAGUAAGCUGGCUCCGGAGGUUCUGGAUGACCUGACCAAGAACACCGAAUUCAACGAGGCAGAGCUCAAGCAGUGGUACAAAGGCUUCCUCAAAGACUGUCCCUCUGGCAUCCUCAACCUGGAGGAGUUUCAGCAGCUCUAUGUUAAGUUCUUCCCUUACGGUGAUGCCUCAAAGUUUGCUCAGCACGCAUUUCGGACGUUUGAUAAGAAUGGUGACGGGACCAUCGACUUCAGGGAGUUCAUCUGCGCCCUGUCCAUCACCUCCAGGGGCAGCUUCGAGCAGAAACUCAACUGGGCCUUCAACAUGUAUGAUCUGGACGGGGAUGGAAAGAUCACACGCAUGGAGAUGUUGGAGAUCAUUGAGGCCAUCUACAAGAUGGUCGGCACUGUAAUCAUGAUGCGUAUGAAUGAGGACGGGCUGACCCCGCAGCAGCGCGUGGACAAGAUCUUCUCCAAGAUGGACAAGGACCACAAUGACGAGAUCACCCUGGAAGAGUUUAAAGAGGCCGCCAAGUCUGACCCCUCCAUCGUGCUACUGCUGCAGUGUGACAUGCAGAAGUAGAGAGAGGGAUGAGUGGAGAAACAGAGGGAGGGAGGGG